CACUCCGUUCAACUAGUUAGUCAUCAUCAUCUGAACGGGGCUUCAGUCGGUGCUUUUGCUUUCAGUGUACCGUUUCGUUCCGUCGCUUGUGGUGCUGCUUCGCCGCUGUUAUUCGCGUAAAAAUAAUAGUGAUGCAAAGAUAUCCGCACUGCGGUCACUAAUCAAAAAUAAUAACAAAUCGCAAACCGCUUUUCGGUAUUUCGGCCGCUUUCAGUCGCAAUCGCAUUUUUUGCUUUCACCUAAAUUACACGUCGACGAGUGCUCGUUAAGGAAAUUUUUCGUCCGUCGUACUAGCGCGCGCUAGAAAAUGAAAAACAAAAAUCAAACCGACGGGAAAUCCGCCAGCGAUCAGCUGAUCCUAUCGGAGAAAAGCGGUCACGAGAAACCGCCACCGAUAGAUAAGAAAAAACUGGCCACGCUGGAGAAGGAAAGGAUCAAAGCUGAAAAGAAGCUGAAAAAAGGUAAAACCCUCUGCCAAGCCUGCAAGAAAAAAUGUUCCGGGGAAGUCCUCCGCGUCCAAGACAAAUACUUCCACACCCAGUGCUUCAAGUGCAAAGUGUGCUCCAAUUCUCUAGCGCAAGGCGGUUUCUUUUCGAAAGACGGCGCUUAUUACUGCACUGCCGAUUACCAACGGAAUUUCGGCACGAAAUGUGCCACUUGCCAAGAUUACGUCGAGGGAGAGGUGGUCUCUGCCCUCGGCAAAACCUACCAUAAGAAGUGUUUCACGUGCGACCGCUGCCGACAACCGCCGCCCGACGAGAAGGUCACCUACACGGGAAAAGAGGUACUCUGCCAGAAAUGUGUUCAGAUUCCGGUUAGGGAUGGGACUCCUAAAACUAGCCCAACGACUAAUAAUGCCAAUGAAUGUGCCGGUUGUGGCAAAGAACUGAACGAAGGACAAGCUCUGGUAGCCUUGGAACAACAGUGGCACAUAUGGUGUUUCCAGUGUGGUACAUGUGGAGUGGUUUUGCAUGGAGAAUAUAUGGGACGCAAUGGGAAGCCGUAUUGUGAAAGGGAUUACCAAAAACAAUUUGGGAUUAAAUGCGCAUAUUGCAACAGAUAUAUCAGCGGAAAGGUGCUGCAGGCCGGUGAAAAUCAUCAUUUCCACCCAACUUGCGCCCGAUGCACGAAAUGCGGCGAUCCGUUCGGGGACGGCGAGGAGAUGUACCUUCAAGGCGGCGCCAUUUGGCACCCCCGGUGCGGCCCGGGUCCGACCGAGAACGGGCAGAUCCUGAACGGGUCCGGGGAGCCGAACGGCCACUGCACCGACACGGACGCAUCAGUUAGGGAAUUCGAUAGAAUGAGUAGCUCCGGCGUGAGCGAGAUGCAGUUCUCCAUGCGCUCUCGCACCCCUAGCUUGAAUGGUUCGUUAUACAGUCCCACAAGCAUGUCCCAUAGGAAGCAUUUCAGUUACCGAACACCUUCGCCGGGCUUGAUAUUACGAGAACAUAACAAAUCAGCGACUUUAGCCGACGAUAUAUCCAGAAUAUACACUUAUAGUUACCUUACAGAAGAACCAACUUUAGGCUAUUUACGCAGACCCAUAGAACCUUACGAUAAAGCUCCCACUUCGCCACAUUUCCAUAGACCAACUUCACAAAAUUCUUUAAGAGGUAGUCAAGGCGGUAGUAAAAGACCCAGUUCUAGAUCGGCCAUGAAAGUCCUGGUCGACUCCAUCAGGAGCGAAACGCCUAGGCCUAAAUCGCCGCACAUGAAUAACGAAGAACCAAUAGAAUUAGCGCAUUUCCCGGCCGCUAAACCACCAGUGCCCGGAGAACCGCCCAAAAUAGAAAGGGAUGACUUCCCAGCACCGCCAUAUCCAUACACUGACCCAGAACGCCGAAAGCGGUGGUCAGACUCGUACAAAGGAGUCCCGGACUCGGACGAAGACGAAGUAGACGGUUUAAGCCCUAAAGAAGUAGAAGAUUUAAAACUCAAAAAAGAGGAAGAAGAGUUGAGUAAAAUAUCUAGUGGAAUAGGAAAAGUGUUCUUAAAAAGUGUACAGGAUAGAGAGAAACUAAGACAAUGGAAGGCUGCUCAUUUAGAUCCUAGGAAUGCGUCUAGGACGCCUUCCGCAAACAAAGAACCAUCAUAUAGACUGAGGUACGAUAAUCCUAUUGGUGCAAGUCCAUCCAGGAACAUGGAUCAUCCGAAACCUUUCGACGAGGACGAGUACGACAGGUCGUACAGCGGUCGGUCUUCGGUGGGACGCUCGGCGGGAUGGUCGGCUCCCAAUUAUAAUGUUGUGAGUGCUCUGCGACAUGUUCCUAAGCCAGGUUAUGGUUUGGCGCCACGAUCUCAUACAUUCAGUUCUUCUGCGGGUAGCUAUCCUCAAAUUCCUGGUGAUUAUUCGUUUAGCGGGAUGGGUGCUAAAACGCAUAGCACCGACUUCAGUUGUGGAAAAUCGGAUAUUUCCACUGGAUCCAUCACGGAUGUUGAAAGACGUGCUCUGAAUUCAGAAAUGCCCGUGUCCACGACAUACAUGGGAGGUCUAGGACGUUACCCGGGCGGGUACUCGUCACAAGUACGACGUUCCCUUCCAAACAUGGCCCACACAAUGCUAAUCAACGAACCAGCCAAAAUAUACCCUUACCACUUACUUGUGAUCACUAAUUACAGACUGCCUGCGGAUGUUGAUAGAUGUAACCUUGAGAGACAUCUGUCGGACGCAGAGUUCGAAGCAAUUUUCCAAGUAUCAAGAACGGAUUUUUACAGAUUACCGCAAUGGCGUAGAAGUGAACUAAAACGUAGAGCCCGCUUGUUCUAAACUUUCCAUAUUCAUGUGCUUCUGUCUCUAAAGUCAUAGAUAUUGCUGCUUCAAGAGCGCUGUAAUGUCAUCACGCUAAAGCCGCUUACACUCGGCAAUAUGAAGUGUUAUUUUACGGUUCCUUUUAACAGUUGUUUUUUCUUGUUUUGUCUUUUACUGACUGGAUCAUUCUUCGCCAUAGCUUAAGUUGUUUUUACUCCAUUUCGACCUAGUUCUUACAAAGUGCUGAAGUAUGGUAGCUCUCAUUUUUGUUGUUUUAUUAAAUAAAUAAAAACAGAUUUUAUUUGCUGUAGGUGAAAUCAAUAUUUUUCUACUGAUUAGUUUGAUUUUAUAUUAAUAUUAUAAAAUCGUGCUUUCGUGCCGCCGGAUUUGAUAAAUGUGGUGGCACGAACGGCGAUUCGUUAUUGGUAAAGAUAAAUUUUAAAUGAAAACCCAAAUAAAGUUCUUUACUCAAAGAACGAAUUGGCUAUAUUCAGAGAUUGAUAUUUUUUCUAUAGCGUAAGUGUAAUGUUUAAGUAGUGCUAAGAUAUAGUUGAAUAAAGUUAUACAAAUUUGGCAUUUAGAUUGCUUUAAUUAUAAUUAUGCUUUGGGCUAGUCGUAUAUUCUUUUGUACAAUUUGUUAGUGCUGUCAAACGGACUCCAUGGUGUACCUAAGGUAUUUUUUUCAGGUGUAUUAACCGAACUAAAGAAUUUAUUAAAAGUUUAGUACACCCUCUGAAAUUAAACAUGUAAUCAAAUUUAAUAAAUUCUUUAACUUACUUUCAGCUACAGUCACGAUUUCUUUUCAGCUGCAAUAUUACUUUUAAAUUUGUUAAAAAUAUUUAUUUAUUAUAUUAUAAUAACAAUUUAAGCUUUAGGUAUUCAAGAUUUGUUAAUAUUGCUCUGACGAAUAAAAGAAUAUAAACACA